AUUAUAAACAUGAGCAGUGCCACUGAAAGUAUAAAAAUACCACAAUUUGUUGAAGUUAUACGACACUUCUUCUUCACCAAUGAUCCUGGGAAUUACAAUUUACUUCAUUUUUAUAACUUAAAUAAGGAUUUCAUUAUUUCUAAUUCAGACGAAUGGGAAAUAAAAAGCGUAUAGAAGAAAAGAUUUUUAGAUGUCGCUAAACAAUUAAAUAAAGAUAUGCUUAUCAACCACGAGCCUGAGCCAGACUGGAAAAAUCUAACGCGUUUGGCUUUUGAACUCAUGGCUAAAGAGCGCACAACGACUGCAGUUAAAACAAUCACAAGGAAAAGAAAAAUUAGCGUAUCUGAAACGCCGUCUACAUCAAGCGCCAAGGAGACAUCCAGUUCUGUUAUUAGCACUAAUACCGUAAAAACUUUAACCUCUGCUAGCUAUCAAGCUUUAUCCACAACUUUCAACCAAAUGUCUGAAACAAAGAAAUGGAAACUCAAAGACGGCAUUUACACCGAAGAUUUACUCUACGACUACGCGAUAUCAAGAAAGAGAGAAGACUUAUCCCAUUCAUUUGUGAUCAAUAUGAAUGAUAGUCAAUUAAAAGUUAAAUUUGAAGAACAUUGGUGUAUUGUCAACAACAAAAAUACCAAAAUACUUCCUUCCAUUCCUGCUGACCUGUCAACACAUCUCAUGGAGAUUUCUACUCUCAAAACGUAUAAAGAACUGGACUCCUUAAAAAACUACUGUUUCUAUGAACAAAAACAUCUAUACGUAUCAACGGAAUGUCUUAGAACAGUGAUAAAUACAUAUAGAAACGGUUUUUUCAGUAGAACAAAAUUACUCGAAGUUGAUAUACUUGUUAAUAUUUGGACCAUUGUUGACCAAGUAAUUAAUUCAUACGAUCUACAAGCGAAAAGAGGAGAACCUAGUUCUGUAUCAUCAAGCGCUAGGAGAAAUAGAGAUCGUACAAUUGAAGGAAUGCAAAGAAAGAAAGUUGGAAGAAAAAAUGAUCUAAUUAUUUGUAGCAAAAGCGGGAUAGAACUAGGUUGUGGGGAAGCAGGGUUAGAUCCUGAAGAAUUCGACACUAAAGUGAUUGUUGAAUCCAGCCUUAAAACCCCGAAAACCAUGCACGAUAUGUUCAUUAGAUUGUGCAGGUCAGUUGAUAAUAAGCAAGAAGUAAUCAAAAAGUUACAAGUUGUCGGAUUGGUCUUUUCUCGUUGUAAGAUACGUAUGUUGAUUAUGGACUGUCCAGAUGGAUAUGUUUGCAGAUUAAGAGGUACUACAGCAGCUGGCUUUAAUGGAGAAGAGAAAGCUCUUGGGCUUGACUUAUACAAAGUUUACCAAUUGAUUUGGAUGGCCAUGGAAGUAUGCAAGGAAGUAGAAAGCAUAGUUCAAAGUAAUAGAAGUACUGCCGCAAUCAAGUUUGACUCUGACGACAACCACGCUGAUGAUGAAGUAUACCUUCCUGAUUGUUUACGCUCUCCCAAACGAGAUUGAAUUUUGCUCUUUCAUCCAUACCCACAAAUAAAAUAUGCGAUUUGAUAAUUUCUUUCAUUUCACGUGUGUACCUCAAUAUUAUUGAAUAGUCUAUUCAUAUUAUAUUUUACACAUUAAAAAACGAUCAUAAUCAAACGACUUUAUUGAUAGAAGAAACGUGUUGUUGUUAUACUUUGCUUGGUUUCUCUAAAUAUAAAGAUACUACUUUAUACUUCGAUACUGAC